AUGGUGCUGGAAAAAGCAAUCAGUAAGUCUGACGAUCUAGCAGACAAGCUUGGUGAUGCCCAUUGCAAUAUCUUAUCUACUAAGAGAAUAUUGGUAUGUCUCUCGGCGCUAGCACUAGCUAGUGUGAUAUCUUUUGCUGAUCAGACUGGUAUCACUGUGGGUUUACCUCAGAUUGCUGAAGAUUUGAAUGCCCAAAAUACAAUUAACUGGGCUGGUACUGCUUCAUUGUUGGCUAAUACGGUGUGUCAAGUCUUGUUUGGCAGAAUGUCUGAUAUAUUUGGAAGAAAGAACGUACUUAUGGCAUGUUUGCUUAUAUUAGCUAUUGGAGAUAUUGCGUGUGCUGUUGCCAGAACUGGUGUUCAGUUCUUCAUUUUUAGAGCCUUAGCCGGUAUUGGUAAUGGAGGGGUAUCCUCCUUAUCAAUGGUUAUCUUAAGUGAUAUUGUUACACUCAAGCAAAGAGGUAAGUUUCAAGGUAUUUUGGGAUCAUCGGUGGGAAUUGGCAAUGCUAUUGGUCCUUUCUUGAUGGCUGGAUUCAUCAGGGCAGGAACCUGGAGAGGAUUUUACUACUUCUUGGCCCCAAUGUGUGUUGUUGUAAUGGUUGCAAUCUACUUCUUGAUUGAUGGUCGUGGUAAGGAAUUAAACGGUGUUAUCUCAAGAAAGGAAAAAUUCAAGAAAAUUGAUUAUUUGGGAUCUUUAACUAUCACUGCUGGCUUGACAUUAGUUCUAGUACCAAUUAGUGGUGGUGGAUCAAGCUACCUGUGGUCUAGUGCUUUGGUGAUAGUUACAUUCAUCAUUGGUGGCCUUUUAUGUAUUGCCUUUAUCAUAGUUGAAUGGAAGAUUCCUGAGCUUCCAAUGAUCCCAUUGCGAUUAUUCAAGAAUCCUUCCUUGUGCUUAUUAUUUGCCUCCAACUUUUUCUUUGGUGCAUCCUACUUUAGUUUCACCUAUUACUUACCAUACUACUUCCAAGUUGUCAAGGGAAAAGAUACAAUUCAUACAUCCAUAUUCGUGCUACCAUUGGUAUUAACACAGGCCAUCAUGUCUGUGGUUGCGGGUCAAAUUAUUUCAUACUCUGGUCGCUACUUAUACGUUGUCAUGGCUGGCUUUGCAACUUGGACACUUGGAAACGGGUUGCUUCUUCUUUGGGACAGAAACCUCAAUGAUGGAAUUAUAAUCCUUAUUCUCUUGAUCAUGGGUUCUGGUGUUGGAUUUUCUUUUCAACCAUCAAUGGUUGCCGUUCAAGCUCAAGCACGGAAGGCCGAUCGUGCAGUUGUGAUCUCAACCAGAAACGUUAUGAGAUCGUUGGGUGGCUGUAUUGGUAUUGCUCUAGGCUCAACUAUUGUUAGCAAUAGCAUGUUAUCUCAGCUCAACACUACCAAGGCUCAUGAUAUGCUUCCACUGAGUUACAUUGAAAGUUUGAAGGCAAACAUCUACUCGAAGGUCUCAACCGAUGGUUUGAAUAUCGCUCAACAGACUUACGUCAAAGAUUUGUACGUGAAAGCAUUGCACAAUUACUUCUACAUGAUCAUUCCGUUCAUGGGAUUCUGUUUGUUGAGUUGUUUCUUUGUUAAGGAUAGGGGAUUGUGCUGUCUUGACGAAUUGCCUGAGGCAGUGAACAAGGAAGAUCUUGAAUCAUCAGCCAGCUCGCAUUAUCCAAUCAGUACAUCUACGUCACGCACCUCGAGAGCCAACGUCUAG